AAAUUCUGUCAAUACAUGGGAAAAUACUUAAACUGUAUACCGAGUACCUUGGGGGCUUUGAAAUUUUACCUUUGAAAUUUUACCUCCUGGAAAUCAUGGGGAGGGGAAGGUACAGAAUAUUUGUGUACAUUACUACAGGUUGUGUGUUGACGCGAUGUCUAGGAAAAGAGCCCCGGGACCAUACAGUUAUGACGAUGACGAAGAUUAUGUACCAAGCAAGGGUGUUAAAUACUCUGAACGUGAACAUCUGAUUUCUCCUAAAGAGAAGAAGCACACCUUAGACUCUGAUGAGGAAGAGGAAGCUGAUGAUAUUGAUGAGGAGGAUGGAGUGGGUGGCAAGAAUUAUGAUGUGCUAAGAGAUGAAGAUAUUGAUGGUCAAGAAGAAGGCACAGUAGAUUUUGAGGGUGAGACACAAAUAACUCCAUUUAAUAUGAAAGAAGAAAUGGAAGAUGGCCACUUUGAUGGGGAUGGUUUUUAUCAUUUCAAGAAGGAAAGUGACCAAAUCAAGGAUGCCUGGCUUGAUGAUAUUGAUUGGAUUAAGGUAUGUUAUGUUGCUACAGGUUCUCACUUCACCUAGUAACUAGUUUAGUUU